ACGAACCACCGGUGACGGAGCCCGCGGUUGGGUCUGUGACGGGAGAUUCCCUGAUCCGUGGCUCGGGUCUAUGUUCUACUCCCGAUCCGUGGCUCAGGUAGCUGGAUCUCCGGUAGGGGGUGGUGGGCAGGCUAGUAAAUGACGAGACAGAGGGGAAAAUGAGUUCUCUCCCACCCGUCGCCACGAUUUCUUGCAUCGCCAUUGACGCCCGCGAAGAUUUGCGACGGAAGGAAUACGCGACUGCGAUAUCCAGGAUGGAGUUCCUCGUGCAACCGAUUAGGAGGACCGCGCUGAUGGAGGAGGUGAACGGCAACGAGAUAUGCAGCCGCUGCACUAUCCAACUGUGGCGACAGGAUCCGAAGAGCUCUCCCAAUGGCCACAGCCCACAGGUAGCGUUGACGGGCAGAUUUGUGCGGCGGAUGGGGCAGCCGCAGUCGAGGGGGAUGAUGAACCUCAAGAAUCUGAGCAAUCUAUAGGUCAGAUUGAUCCAAAAACUCCUGGCUGGACUUGUAGGUAAUAUCUUGGUUAAUGGUGUUCGUCCGAUUUUAGGUGUACUUCAAAUCCCGUAGGCUGACUUAUAUGUGCAGUCAGGCCAGUUUAGCAGUAGGCUGUAUAUGAAUUAUUUGAAAAAGAAAAGUAGACAAUGGAAAAAUUGGAAUAGUUGUAUACAGCAUUUUUGGAAAACGCUUGUGUGUUUCCCUCUUAGUCAGUGCUUUGCAAACAAGCAGGAACACAUGGUUAACAGAAAGCAUAUCAGUGUUAGUAUUUUUUUUUAUCGUUACUGGAUUCUCAUACUAGGGGAUAGAUAGAGAAAUUGAGCUGGGAACUUAGAACUUGGAAUACAAGAAAAUUAUGGUGGACUAAAGGCGGGCUUGUUUGACAUGGUGAAUAAAGAUUGAUCAUUCAUGAAACACGAAAAUAACUUAGAAUUGCUCUACAUGUCAUGUUGGCAGGCUUAGCUUGGGCUCCUACCAGUAGGUGUAUUAGGAAAACAAAAAAGCAAAGCAGCCCUGUUUUGUUUUUGAGG